ACGAAGAUACUUUUUAACAAGGGGAGGUGCUCCAAACUCGCUUCCUGAAGUCCGUCUCAGGCGAGUUUCGACUGGGCUGGGUUCCAGCUCUGCGGCCGGAGCAUUCGGGGCCCGAGGGCAGCUGCUGGCUAACAGAAGAGGGCUUUCUCUCUUCCGGAACGGAGACAGCGCACGCAGGCUUCCGGGGGGUCAUUUUCCGUCGCCGCGCCGUGCUCCGCCCCUCGCGCAGCCACGUCUCAUCCAGAGCAGCCGGGCCGGGCGUUCGCCGCGGCUUCCGCAGCACAGGGGUAUCAUGAUAUUACUUGGUUUGAUUUCAAGCUAUCUGUGAGCCUUCAAAUCCUCUCCCCAAAAUGGAAAACCUAGGGUGGUCCAUCCCAGGAGCUCUUGGCUGUUGCUAAUGGCAGAAACCAAACUCACCAGCAGUUCCCUCACAGCCCCUGAGUGUCAGCCCAGCCUGUGUCAUCCUGGCCAUGGAUGGUGUGGUGGCCAUGCAGGAUGGCCCAGAGGACAGAUCCAGCAAUGGCCCCGAGGCUCUCCCAAAGCCCCCAGGCUCACUGGCACUACUGGACCAGCAGGAGGAAGCCCAGUGCACCAAUGUCGAGGUAAACAGAGCGUCAGAUGAAGGCGGAAGCCAAGGGGACACCUGUCAGAAUGGGCCGAUGCCACAGUUCCCAGACCCUCCAUCGUCAGUGGGUCCUGACGCCUCUCCAGGUGUGGCUGGUUUCCAUGACAACCUAAGGAAGUCUCAGGGGACUAGUGCUGAGGGCAGUGGUAGAAAAGAAGCUUUGCAGUCCCUGAGACUCAGUCUUCCUAUGCAAGAAACGCAACUGUGCUCAACAGAGGCCUCACUGCCCCUGGAGAAGGAGGAGCAGGUCCGACUUCAGGCCCGGAAACGGCUGGAAGAACAGCUCAAGCAGUACAGGGUGAAGCGCCAGCAGGAAAGAUCCAGUCAACCUGUAACUAAAACGAGACUUUUUAGCACACUUGAUCCUGAACUCAUGUUGAACCCAGAAACCUUACCAAGGGCCAGUGCCGUGGCCAUGACAAAGGAAUACUCCUUCCUGCGCACCAGUGUCCCUCGGGGGCCGAAGGUGGGCAGCUUAGGGCUCCUGGCACAUCCUAAAGAGAAAAAAAGUUCCAAAUCAAGCAAAAUUCGGUCUCUGGCUGAUUACAGAACUGAAGAGUCAGAUGCCCAGAACUCUGGUGGAAGUGUCCCAGCUGUGGACUCUGCCAGGGCUUCCCUGAAGCAGAACCGGAGCAGCGGGACGUCAGUGGUGUCUGAGGUCAGCCUGUGUCCUGAGGCUGAUGACCGCCUGGAGAACGCGUCCCUGACGGGAGACAACGUGUCUGAGGCUGACGGAAAUGAGAGCGACAGCUCCUCCUACAGCAGUGUCUCCACCCGUGGGGCACUCAGCCUGCUGGCCAACAGCGUGGGUGCAAGAGAGGCCCCCUACGUGGUCAGUGGCCAGGAGGUGGCCGCUGCUGCCCUGGGCCAGUUCCCCUCCAUCUCGGAUGUCCUCCAGGCCGCUGCAGCUGAGCACCAAGACCAGAGGCAGGAGGUCAAUGGGGAGACGCGGAGCCGGGCAGACAGCAUCUGCAGCAGUGUGUCCAUGGAAAGCUCUGUUGCUGAAACUCAUGAUGAAAUGUUGCAGGUUCUUAAAGAAAAAAUGAGACUUGAAGGACAGCUGGAAGCUUUAUCAUUAGAGGCUAGUCAGGCACUUAAAGAAAAGGCGGAGCUGCAGGCGCAGCUGGCCGCCCUGAGCACGAGGCUUCAGGCUCAGGUGGAGCACAGCCACAGCAGCCAGCAGAGGCAGGACUCGCUCAGUUCGGAGGUGGACACCUUGAAGCAGUCUUGCUGGGACCUAGAGCAAGCAAUGGCAGACCUGCAGAACAUGCUAGAAGCCAAGAAUGCCAGCCUGGCGUCCUCCAACAGUGACCUGCAGGUGGCAGAGGAGCAGUACCACCGACUCAUGGCCAAAGUGGAGGAGAUGCAGAGGAGCAUGCUCAGCAAGGACAACACAGUGCACGACCUGCGGCAGCAGAUGACAGCCCUGCAGAGCCAGCUACGGCAGGUGCAGCUGGAGCGCACGGCGCUGAGCAGCAAGCUGCAGGCAUCCCAGGCAGAGAUCUCGUCUCUUCAGAGUGUCCGGCAGUGGUACCAACAGCAGCUGGCCCUGGCCCAGGAGGCCCGGGUCAGGCUGCAGGGCGAGAUGGCCCACAUCCAGGUUGGACAGAUGACCCAGGCAGGCCUCCUGGAGCACCUGAAACUUGAGAAUGUGUCCCUGUCCCACCAGCUGACAGAGACCCAGCAGAGAUCCAUCAAGGAGAAGGAGCGCAUUGCCGCCCAGCUCCAGGGCAUUGAGGCUGACAUGUUGGACCAGGAGGCUGCCUUUGUGCAGAUCCAAGAGGCAAAGACGAUGGUGGAGGAGGACCUGCAGAGGAGGCUAGAGGAGUUUGAAGAUGAGAAGGAACAGCUGCAGAAGAUGGUGGCCUCCGUGGCAACCCUGGAACAGCAGCUAGAGCAGGUGAAGUUGACUUUGCAUCAGCGAGACCAGCAGCUUGAGGCUUUGCAGCAGGAGCACCUGGACCUGCUGAAGCAGUUCACUUCGACUCAGGAGACUCUACAGGCCAGGGAGCAGGCCCUCGGCGACCUGCGGGUGCGCUGCGAUGAGCUGCAGGCCCGGCUGGAUGAGCUGCAGGGGGAGGCCGCCUCUAGGGACGACACGAUUCGCGUCCUGCAGAAUGAGAAGAUUGUCUUGGAGGUGGCUCUGCAGGCAGCCAGGAGGGAGGAACUUGACCCAGGGUCGAAGCGCCAGGAAGAGAGUACUGAGGAAACGUCGGAAACUUUAGAGCGAUUGAGAGAAGAAUUAGCCAUCAAGUCCAGCCAGGUGGAGCACCUGCAGCAAGAAGCUGCCACCCUGAAAAAGCAGACACAGAAAAUCAAGGAACAGUUUCUUCAACAAAAGGUGAUGGUGGAGGCCUACCGCCGUGAUGCUGCCUCCAAGGACCAGCUUGUCAGUGAGCUGAAGGCCACGAAGAAGAGGCUGGACGCAGAGGCAAAGGAGCUGAGGCAGGAGUUGAUCAGACUUCAAGGGGAGAAGAGGUCUGUGGAGGUCGAGCAUGCACGCCUGCAGAAAGACGUGACCCAGGCCCGAAAGCAGGUGGUGGAUCUCGAAGGGCACCUCCAGUCUGUGCAGAGGGAACGCGACCAGAUGGAAAUGAACUUACAGUCUUUGCAGUUUGAUAAAGAGCAGAUGGUUGCUCUCACGGAGGCCAACGAGGUGCUCAAAAAACAAAUAGAAGAGCUGCAGCAAGAAGCUACGAAAGCCAUCACUGAACAGAAGCAGAAGAUGAAGCGGCUGGGCUCAGACCUGAGCAGCGCACAGAAGGAGAUGAAGACCAAGCACAAGGCCUAUGAGAACGCCGUGGGCAUCCUUAGCCGCCGCCUGCAGGAGGCCCUGGCAGCCAAGGAGGUGGCAGAGGCCGAACUGGGCCAGCUCAGAGCCCAGGCGGCCACCAGCAGUGACGACUUCCCCCUGCAUGAGAGGAUCCAGGCCCUGGAAACAGAGCUGCAGACUGUUGGCCACAGCAAGACAAUGCUGGAGAGGGAGCUCCAGGAGGUCAUCUCAAUGACCAGCCAGGAGCUGGAAGAACAGCGGGAGAAGGUGCUGGAGCUGGAAGACGAGCUUCAAGAGGCCAGAGGUUUUAGGAGGAAGAUAAAGCACCUUGAGGAGUCAAAUAAGAAGUUGGCUCUUGAAUUAGAGCAUGAGAGAGGGAAGCUUACUGGCCUUGGACAGUCCAACGCAGCUUUGCGGGAACACAACAGUAUCCUAGAAACGGCUUUAGCCAAGAGGGAGGCAGACCUCGUGCAGCUGAAUCUUCAGGUGCAGGCAGUGUUGCAGCGCAAAGAGGAGGAGGACCGCCAGAUGAAGCAGCUUGUGCAAGCUUUGCAGGUGGCGCUACAGAAGGAAAAGGUGACAGUGCGCAGCCUCGAGGAGCAGGUUGCUGCUGCCAAGGCGGAGGCAGGCCAUAACCGCCGUCACUUUAAGGCCGCCACCCUAGAGCUGAGCGAGGUGAAGAAGGAGCUUCAGGCCAAGGAGCAGGAGGUGCAGAGGCUGCAGGGAGAGGCCGAUGGGCUCCAGAUCCAAGAGGGGAAGCAUUCCCAGGAAAUAGCACAGUUCCAGGCGGAGCUGGCAGAAGCCCGGACCCAGCUCCAGUUCUUGCAGAAGCAGCUGGAUGAGCAGCUGAGCAAAGAGCCCAUAGGAAACCAAGAGAUGGAAAAUCUCAAAUGGGAGGUGGAUCAGAAAGAGAGAGAAAUCCAAGCCCUGAAGCAGCAGCUGGAUUUGACGGAGCAGCAGAGUACAAAGGAGCUAGAGGGGGUACAGCAGUCGUUACAGAAUAUCAAAUCUGAGUUGGAGAUGGCACGGGAAGAUCUGUCCAUGACCCAGAAAGACAAGUUCAUGCUUCAAGCUAAAGUGUCGGAGCUGAAGAACAACAUGAAGACUCUGCUCCAGCAAAACCAGCAGCUCAAGCUGGACCUGCGGCGGGGUGCAGCCAAGACGAGAAAGGAGCUGAAAGAAGCCAGCUCGUCCAGCCCUGUGACACCGGUGAAGAUCCCUGACUGUCCCGUCCCAGCCUCGCUGCUGGAGGAGCUGCUGCGGCCCCCGCCCGCCGUGAGCAAGGAGCCCCUCAAGAACCUCAACAGCUGCCUCCAGCAACUCAAGCAGGAGAUGGACAGCCUGCAGCGCCAGAUGGAGGCACAUACCGUCACUGUGCACGAGUCGCUGUCCUCAUGGACUCAGGGGGACCCCACGAGCCCCUCCCCUCCGGGUGAUCACGCGAACCCCAGAGGAGACACGGAGAGACCUGGUCAGAGCAGGGCCUCCGGGGAAGGGCUUGGAACGGCUUCUGAGCGUCCGCACCAUGAGUGCUUGUAACCAUCUGGAGGAAUGUUCUCUUGUCAAUAUUAUUUAUUUGACUGUGUGCUCUAUGUUUUUCUAAGAGAUGAAAUUUAAGUUUUGCGUUUGCCUUUACAAGGAGUAAACUAACAGAAUGAGAGCCUAGGAUUGAAAAAUAGUCAUUUAUAUCACAACCAGCUUUUCCCAGGAAGUGACCAAAUCAUAAAACCUAACUUAGGUCUCAGUGAGACACUUGCGGGUGUGUCUAAGGGUCUUUGCAGAAGGAGGCCUCUCAGGCAUGGUGAUAUUCGCCACUCUGGGCUGCCGGCUGAUGGGGACGCCGCACGGCUGGGUCUGCUUUCUCACUUUCCUGUUUGAUUCAGGAGGAGCUUUACUUCCCAGCAGAAGUGAGACUUUGCACCUUUAGUUUUUAUUUUAUUGUAUUGUAUUGUAUUUUAUUUUACUUUAUUUUAUUUUAUUUUCGAUAGCCAUCCUUCCAUGGAAUGUGUAUAUAAAUACCGAAAAUCAUAACCUAAUCUUUAAAAAGUAUAUGCUCUUAUUAUUUAAGAAUGACCUGAAUUGUCUUUUUAUUGAUUGCCUUUUGAAAGUCUGUUGUUAGGGAAUACUGUACAGGUUGGAAUUAGGAAUGUCAGUCAGAGAAUUAUAUUUUAAGAAAUGUAAUUAUUUUAUUUACCUUCUAAAACCAAAUAUUCCUAGACAGAAGUCCUUUGUUAUUUUAGUUUCACUUUGUUUUGAGGAUCUUUCCUUGUCGUCAGUGCACGACUUGAAUCCCGUUGGUCUGAAUCCUGGCCCCAAGGGGCCUCCUUUACCUUGGCAGACCCCCAGGCAGUCCUGAUGGCCACCGGGAAACACAUGCAGAUGCCAGGGUCACCAUGUGCUGACCUGACCCAUGAGAGGAGGGGAGGAGGAAUGAGGCCGAGGCUCCCCGAAGGCUCCAAGCCAGGGAACGGGGCUUCUCCAGGUCUCACGCUGCUUUGCCCUUGUGGCAGAAAUGGACUCUGUGUGGUGACAGCCUUGGAAGGGCUGGAGGGCCCUUUACCCUAUCACCUGGCCAAGGGCCAGCUCAACAUCAGAGAGGGUCCCCUGAGCCUCCUGUGAUGAGGGCCUUGCUUGAAAUCAGACGCCCCAAGGUGUGAGGCUCCACCUGGAGUGACUGAGACUCGAGGUCUGUAAGUUUGCCCCUGCUCUGCUAAGGGUCUAAAAUAAUGUUUAGGUUCUAAGUUAGAGGAGAGAGAGGAUGGCUGUGUGACCCUGUGCAGUAGGCUGGCCUAGAGGUGAUAUCUGCAGUGUUACUGACCAGGCCAGAUAAUGCUCAUGUCCUUGUGUCACCUAGAACCCUUUUGUGGAGAAAAUAGUCUGGUAUCUUUAAUGUUUCUGUUCUCUUACUGUGCUGUUGGAAGGUUAAUUGACUAGGUUAACUGUAGCAUUAACCACAAAGAGAUGUUUAAUGUUUAAAAUUUCCCCAGCAAGUAUUGGAACUUCUAAAAUAUGUGUAUCCUUUUUACAGGGUUAAACUUGGAAAUUAUACUUGAAAACUUCAUUAUAAUUAUAUCCUACUUUUCAUUUUAAGUUGGAAAUCGUUUUUUGACAAAAUUGGUUUUGUAUCAUUGGGAAAGAAAAAUGGUAAUUGACAUUCUUGUUUAUUUUGGCUGUUAUCCUUUGUUUCAGAGCAAAGAAAUCACACUUAGCCUCACUUUGUAGCUGCUUUCUUACUCCUUGCUAAGGUCUUCCAGAAAAUCACAGUGUGUUUCCUUCUUAGGAAAGGAUGAGUCCUGAAUAUAUCCAUCAAGAAAAAGCCAAUCUCUGCCCCUCACCUCCUUUUCCUUUGUUGAGUUACCCUCUGUUUGUGCAUGUGGUGUCUGUGCAUGUGCACACGCCCGCAGCAGCAGCCCCUCCCUGGGGUCCCUGCCAGCAUCCUGUGCCAGUUACCUUUCAGUUCCGCCUGCGCCUGGCCUGCCUCUAGCCUGAGCCCUCUGGCUGCCCCACCGCCUGCGAUGUCUGUUCUGCGCCCCUCAGGCUUUCUUGUCUGGCCCACAGUUCCUGACCUAGGGCUCUUAUGUUCAAGCUGCCCUAACAUGUCAUCUUGAAAGAGGACCUUGGACUUUUAAAUCACCUGCUCUUGAUGUCUUCCCCCAAACCCCCAAUCUCCAAGGGACUUUACUGGCAUUCCUACCUCCCAGAGCUCGAUUCCUUACUUUGAAAUUGUCUUCUUUUGGGGGCAGCUGUGGCAGUGAAGAAUUUACUCCUGGAAAGCAACAGCCAACUCGGGAGUUCUUACAAGAACAAGUUCGCCAUUGCAUUGUAUCUGUAUGUAUUGCUCAUCCUGUGUGAUGAAUACUGUAUGUGUGUCCUCACUGAAGAGAAUGCUGGCUUGGACACUUUAUGAUGUUAUUACUUGCUUUUCUUAUGUUCCAAAAAUAAGAUGUAGUUAUCAUUGAUUUUUCCACGGUACACAUCAGAUAGAUGCCACGGAUCUUAUGAUUUACAUGCCUUUGUUUUACUAUUUAGAAGGUGUAACUGGCGGUGUUUUUGAUAGGAUGUGAAACUGGCUCAUCCUCAGGCCUGGGGUCCAGGUACCAGGAUGGGCUUUGACAAAGUCAGCCUGUGGAAGCUGCCUCAGGAAGUCUCAGUAAAUGCUUCCUCGGUUUAAAGACUUUAGUUGGCAUAGGGAUAUUGCACAAGCCAUUGGCCUGCAAAGUUGCUAUGACACGUGUUCUGUAACAAUAAUUAAAUGUCUUGUGCAAAGAUUUCUGGAAGAGAAAGAGAAUCAGCCUGGAGCCUUCUGUCAGUGCCCCUGAUGUGCUCAGGGCUGGGGUGUGCCAGACACUCAAAGCCUUGUACAAACAAGUGUGCUCACUCCCCUUCCAGGCAUAUCUCACUGUACGUGAUCUUGGGUCACAAUAGGAUCCUUGAUAGGAUCCUUUUAGAGGAUCUAGAAAACUUGGAGGUUUUAGUUAUUCAUGUCUAUUAAAAAUUUCCUCAUUAAAAGGGAGUCCUCAGGUUGGGGCUGUUCAGGGGAAGGGUGUCACCACGCACAAUGAAUUGUAACUUUAAAAAGCAUGUUGAUUUUUUUUAUAAAUUUAAGUGUGCUUGGGAAUCCCCUGAAUUUUGUGCAAUAAACUAUUUUUUGUUAAA